AUGAAGAAUGUGGUAUGCGUUGAGGAUGCAUUACGGGCCAAUAUGAAGGAUAAGAAAUACCUUGAUGAGUUGUCCUUGAAUUGGGGUAACGGGAUUAGUGAUGAUGUUAUACAAAGUGGUGUAAUAGAUGAUGAUAUUCUCAACAAGUUACAACCUCAUCCAAAUUUAAAAAAGCUCUCCAUCAUAAGUUAUCCUGGUGUAACAUUUCCAGAUUGGCUUGGUGAUCUUUCAUUCUCGAAUCUUGGGUCCCUUCAGCUUUCGGGUUGUGAGAAUUGCUCAACGUUGCCGCCACUUGGGCAGCUACCUUGUCUUGAACAUCUAGGGAUCUCAAACAUGAAAGGAGUAGUGAGGGUGGGUAGUGAGUUUUAUGGAACUUCUUCCUCGCUUCAGCCCUCCUUCCCAUCCCUGCACACCUUAUCAUUUGACCAUAUGUCCAAUUGGGAGAAAUGGUUAUGUUGUGGAGGCAGACAUGGAGAAUUCCCUCGUCUCCAGAAGCUUUCUAUACAGUUCUGUCCCAAACUCACUGGGGAAUUACCAAUACACCUUUCUUCAUUGAAGGAACUUAACCUUCAGUGUUGUCCACAGCUGCUUGUGCCUACACUCAACGUUCCUGCUGCCCGUACAUUGCAGUUGAAAAGGCAAACUUGUGUGUUCACAGCUAUUCAAACUUCAGAAAUUGAAAUUUCAAAUGUCUCUCAAUUGAAAAAACUUCCAGUGCUACCCCACAAUCUCUACGUUAGAAAAUGUGAUUCUGUGGAGUCUCUACUGGAGGAGGAAAUCCUGCAGGCCAACAUGCACUAUUUGAUGAUUUAUAACUGCUCUUUUUCCAGGUCCCCGAGCAAAGUUGGUUUACCCACUACAUUGAGAUCACUAUUGAUCUUUCACUGUACCAAAGUGGACCUUCUUCUACCUAAGUUGUUCAGAUGCCAUCACCCGGUUCUCGAAAUUCUAACAAUCAGUGGCGGUGCCUGUGAUUCUCUCUCGUUGUCCUUCUCAAUGUUGGACUUCUUCCCCAGGUUGACUAAUCUCCAUAUAUUUGAUCUUGAGGGGCUUGAGGAGCUCUGCAUCUCGAUUUCAGAGGGGGAUCCCACAUCUCUUCGUCAAUUGAAAAUCAAUGGGUGCCCUAAUCUUGUAUACAUCCAACUGCCCGCUCUCGACUCGAUGUGCCAUGAGAUUUGUUAUUCCUCCAAUCUCAAAUUGCUGGCGUACACCCAUUCAUCUCUGCAGAAACUGCAUUUAGAGGAUUGUCCAGAAUUGUUGUUGCACAGAGAGGGUUUGCCUUCCAACCUAAGGGAACUUGAAAUAUUAGGCUGCAACCAACUCACGUCACAGGUGGACUGGGAUUUGCAAAGACUGACCUCUCUUACUCAUUUCACAAUCAGAGGUGGAUGUGAAGACGUGGAAUUAUUUCCCAAGGAGUGCCUGCUGCCCUCUUCUCUAACUUAUCUUUCAAUCGCGAAUCUUCCAAAUCUCAAGUUUCUUGACAGCAAAGGGCUUCAGCAACUCACCUCUCUUCUACAAUUACACAUCCAGAAUUGCCCUGAGCUCCAAUUCUCGACUGGAUCUGUUCUUCAACGCCUUAUCUCUCUCAAGAAAUUAGGAAUCUACAUGUGUGAAAGGCUCCAAUCCUUGACAGAAGCGGGUCUUCACCACCUCACCACUCUUGAAGCCUUAUGUAUCAUCGGUUGCCCUAAGCUCCAAUACUUGACAAAAGAGAGACUGCCAGACUCCCUCUCUUAUCUGAAGGUCUACAAUUGUCCUUCACUGGGACAACGGUGCCAAUUCGAGAAAGGGCAAGAAUGGCGUUAUAUAUCUCACAUUCCAAAAAUAGUGAUCGAUGAUGUGCUAUUUUAA